AUGACUCUGGUACCGCUUGAAUCUAACCCUGAGUUUAUCCAUAAAAUUGGCGUACCGGCAAAAUGGAAACUGAGUGACGUCUACGGGCUGGACGAACCAUUAUUGGCAAUGGUACCUAAGCCGGUUUUAGCUUUAAUUUUACUCCUGCCAGAAACUGAAAAAGCAAAAGCUUACGCAGCAGAAUUGGAAUCUAAGAUAAAAGCAGAGGGAAAAGAGCCACCGAAAAAUAUUUUUCAUAUGAAACAGUGUGUGACAAAUGCUUGCGGAACUGUUGCUUUAAUUCACUCCAUUCUCAAUAAUCUUGACCAAAUUGAUUUAAACGAUGGAGCUUUGAAGAAUUUCUACGAAGAAGCCAAAGAUUUAUCAUUCGUUGAGCGCGGUGAAUUAUUAAUGAAGGAAACCAAUGAAAUAAUUGAUGCUCACAAACAAUUAGCUAAAGAAGGACAAACUCAAGCACCUCCAGAAGACGAGCCAGUUGUUCAUCACUUCGUAGCGUUUGUUGAAAAAGAUGGAACACUUUACGAGCUUGAUGGAUGCAAGUCAGCGCCAAUAAACCAUGGUCCAACAACCAAGGAAGCUGUUUUGGAUAACGCUGCUAAAGUUUGCAAGGAAUACAUGGCUCGUGAUCCUGGAGAAGUUCAUUUUACAAUGAUGGCUCUGGUAGCCAAUUAA